AUGAUGCACGGGGACGCCUGUCGACCACCGUCUCCCGUCCCGGAUUCGUUACGGGGACGGAUACCUGACGGAGACAGCGAAGAAACGUUUCUCAGCUGUUUUAGAGACAGCAGGGACGACAAGCAGAAAAAGGAAACGGGAAGACUGAUCGUUGAUAGACUGAUCGUUGAUAGACUGAUCAUGAACAAUUCUCAAGGACCGGGUGAGAAUAUUGGUAGUAGUAGUGCUGCCGCUGGUUCAUAUUCUCGGGUUAAAGCUCACUUGCUUGGAAUAAAAAAUGUUGGAAUCUUAGCAUGUAAGAAAGUACGAAUGAGUGAAAAGGUUGACAUGCAAAGGCUGGAAAACGAGUUUGAGGAGAGGAAAAAAGAGUCUGGAAAAAAAGAAGUGUCUUUGCCUUGUGAGACGAAUUAUGCUUUCAAGAAGAGGAAGUCUAGUUUUUCACCUAUUGAAAGAGCAUUUGGAAUUGCAGCCAGAGACCAGUUGGAUCAAGAAAUCGCCAGAAUGUUUUACACCGGAGGUGUGGCUUUUAAUCUAGCAAGGAAUCCACAUUAUCAUAGGUCAUAUCAGUUUGCUGCUGCCACUAACAUUGAUGGUUAUGUGCCUCCUGGUUAUAACAAGUUGAGGACGACUUUGCUACAGAAAGAAAGAAACCAUGUUGAGAGUUUAUUAGUACCGCUUAAGUCAACAUGGAAUGAAAAAGGGGUGUCCAUUGUGUCAGAUGGUUGGAGUGAUCCUACAAGAAAGCCACUUAUUAAUUUUAUUAGUGUUUCAGGAAAUGCUCCUCUGUUUAUGAAAGCUGUGGAUUGUGCUGGGGAAGUGAAAGAUAAGUUCUUCAUCUCUAAUUUGAUGAAAGAAGUUAUAAAUGAAGUGGGUCAUCAAAAAAUUGUGCAAAUCAUCACUGACAAUGCAGCAAACUGUAAGGCGGCUGGAGAGAUUAUUGAGUGUACUUAUCCUCACAUUUAUUGGACACCUUGUGUGGUACACACUCUUAAUCUUGCUUUAAAGAAUAUCUGUGCGGCAAGGAAUGUGGAAUCAAAUUCUGAAACAUAUGAUGCAUGCAAUUGGAUAACAAAUGUUCAUGGGGAUGCUCUUGCAAUCAAACAUUUUAUCAUGAACCACAGCAUGAUACUAGCAAUAUUCAGUAAGUUCUCUCCUCUUAAGUUACUUGCAGUGGUUGAUACUCGUUUCGCUUCCAUUGUUGUGAUGCUUAAGAGAUUGAAGCUUAUCAAAACUGGCCUCCAGUCCAUGGUUAUAAGUGAGCAGUGGUCUACUUAUAGAGAUGAUGACAUAGGAAAAGCGAACUUUGUUAAGGAGAAACUUUUGGAUGAUGACUGGUGGGAUAAAGUCACUUAUAUUAUUGAUUUCGCUAGGCCAAUCUAUGAUAUGAUUAGAUAUUGUGAUACCAAUAAACCAUGCCUUCACUUGGUAUAUGAGAUGUGGGAUUCCAUGAUUGAGAAGGUGAAAGCUGAGAUAUACAAGAAAGAAGGACUUCAAGGAUCUGAAUAUAGUCUCUUUUUUGAUGUUGUUUAUGAUAUCUUGGUGGCUCGUUGGGCAAAGAAUAACACUCCUCUACAUUGUUUAGCUCACUCUCUAAAUCCAAGGAUGAAAUGUUUCCAGAGAUUGUUUCCUAGUAGUGAAGAUCAUACUAAGGUGAUGAAUGAGUAUGCAUUAUUCUCGACGAAGAGUGGUCAUUUUCAGGAUUUGAUAUGCAUUUUGGGGAUGGAGAAUAUGGAACCUAUGAACUGGUGGGUAAACUUUGGUGCUAAAACUCCUCUCCUCCAGACACUGGCUUUUAGACUUCUUGGACAACCUAGCUCUUCUUCUUGUGCUGAACGCAAUUGGAGUACUUACUCGUUCAUCCACUCACUCAGAAGAAACAGAUUGACUACAAGUCGUGCUGAAGACUUGGUUUACAUCCACAACAAUUUGCGGCUUCUAUCAAGAAAUACUGAUGAAUAUCAAAAUGAAAAGACCAAGCAGUGGGAUGUUGGUGGAGAUGAAAGUGAUAUUCAAGCUGAAGCAGGAAUUAUGGAGUUAUCAAAUCUUUCAUUAGAUGAUCCGGAUUUUGAAAAUCAAUUCCUCAAUAAUUAG